AAUUUGAUCUAAAUAUCUUCCACUAUUGUUUCAUUUCUCUAUAUAGAGCAAUCAAUAGUAGUUUCUUAUACCCCAUGUUGUGUUGAGUUCUAGUCUAGCAAAUGGAAAUGAAGAAAUUCUUACCUGUUGCUCUUUCUUUAGCUUUGGUUUUAGGAAUCACUGAAAGUUUGGAUUUUCAUGGAAAGGAUUUGGAAUCUGAGGAAAGUUUGUGGGAUUUAUAUGAGAGGUGGAGGAGUCACCACACUGUUUCUACAAGUCUUGAUGAGAAACACAAGCUUUUCAAUGUGUUCAAGGAAAAUGUCAUACAUGUCCACAAAACUAACAAGAUGGAUAAGCCCUAUAAGUUGAAGUUGAACAAGUUUGCAGACAUGACUAACCACGAAUUUAGGUCUGUUUACGCUGGCUCGAAGGUUAAACGUCAUAGGAUGUUUUGUGGGACGACAACUCGAGGAAAUGGGAGCUUCAUGUAUGAGAAGGUUGACAAAGUCCCAUCAUCUGUUGACUGGAGGAAGAAGGGUGCUGUGACUGCCGUUAAGGACCAGGGUCAAUGUGGAAGUUGCUGGGCGUUUUCAACCAUAGUUGCAGUUGAGGGUAUUAAUUAUAUUAAGACAAAUAAGCUAGUAUCUUUGUCUGAGCAAGAGUUGGUGGAUUGUGACACUACAGAAAAUCAAGGAUGUAAUGGAGGGCUAAUGGAAUAUGCUUUUGAGUUCAUUAAGAAAAAGGGAGGUGUAACAACAGAGUCUACUUAUCCUUAUCAAGCUGAAGAUGGAACUUGUGAUGUUGAAAAGGUAAACAAGCCGGUAGUGUCUAUUGAUGGGUAUGAGAAAGUUCCUGAAAAUGAUGAGGAUGCAUUACUGAAAGCUGCUGCAAACCAACCAGUAUCUGUAGCCAUAGAUGCUGGGGGUUCAGAUUUCCAGUUCUACUCGGAGGGUGUAUUUACUGGAGAAUGCGGAACUGAGCUGGAUCAUGGAGUGGCAAUUGUGGGCUAUGGAACAACUCUUGAUGGAACUAAGUACUGGGUCGUGAGAAAUUCCUGGGGACCUGAAUGGGGAGAGAAAGGUUACAUCAGGAUGCAGCGUGGCAUCUCUGACAAAGAGGGACUCUGUGGUAUUGCAAUGGAGGCUUCGUAUCCCAUCAAGAACUCCUCAACUAAUCCUUCAGGAGCCAGAUCUUCCCCCAAGGAUGAACUCUAAACUACACAUGCGAUAUCCUAUCAAGGACUCCUUAACUAAUCCUUCAGGAACCGGAUCUUGAUAAAUUCUGAACUACACAUUCAAUAUGAUUUGGUUUCAGAUUUGCUACCCAUUUCAGUUGUUUUCCUACUUUAUCAGAUUGGCAUCUUAAAAAUAACAUGUCACCCAUUUGAUCUAAUUGCUUAAAAUCUUAU